UACCAGCACCUCAUCGAUCGAGGGUGGAGGCGGUCGGGUAACUGGAUGUAUCAGCCCGUGCUCGACCGCACGUGCUGCCCGCCGUACACCAUACGCCUCGACGUCCACAGAUUCGCGCCGACCAAGUCCCAGAAGAAGGUGGAGCGCAGGUUGCGGGCGUACCUCGAGGGCCGCAUCGACGAAAAGGGUGCACCGACGAACGACGACGCCCGCGACCAGCCUUCGACCGCGGUAAAGACGCUCACGGUGACCACGCGCCCGUCCGCGUUCGACGAGGAGGAGUACCGGCUGUGGCGCAGGUACCAGACGCGCGUGCACGGCGACGACCCGAACGAGAACAACGAGCUCGGGUACGGUCGGUUCCUGGUGGACACGCCCCUGAGAAGGAGGUGGGUGGCGUCGCCCCCGAGCGGCUUCGGCUCCUUCCACCAGCAGUACAGGAUCGACGGUAAGCUCGUCGCCGUCGGAGUCGUCGACGUCCUGCCCUACUGCCUGUCGUCCAAAUACUUCUUCUGGGACCCCGACUACGCCGCCCUGUCCCUCGGUAAGCUCGGCGUUCUGCGGGAGAUCGAGUGGGUCCGGGAGGCGAGCGCGCACUGUCCCACCCUGCGGUACUACUACAUGGGCUACUACAUCCACGACUGCCCGAAGAUGCGGUACAAGGGCGAGUACAAACCCAGCGAGCUGAGAUGCGCGGCGACGGGCGCGUGGUGCGACCUCGAC